AUGGACUUUUUUACCGAGUAUGGUGAGGGAAACAGAUACAAGAUUGAAGAGGUUAUAGGGAAAGGGAGUUAUGGCGUGGUCUGCUCUGCUUUGGAUACUCACACGGGUGAGAAAGUUGCUAUCAAGAAGAUAAACGACAUCUUUGAACAUGUGUCUGAUGCCACACGGAUACUCCGCGAGAUCAAGUUGCUUAGGCUCCUAAGACAUCCCGAUAUCGUGGAAAUUAAACAUAUUCUUCUUCCUCCGUCGAGGAGAGAGUUCAAGGAUAUAUACGUUGUUUUCGAACUCAUGGAGUCUGAUUUGCACCAAGUUAUAAAGGCGAAUGAUGACUUGACUCCAGAGCAUUAUCAGUUUUUCUUGUAUCAGUUGCUCCGAGGAUUGAAAUACAUACAUACAGCAAAUGUAUUUCAUCGAGAUCUCAAACCAAAGAAUAUCUUGGCUAAUGCUGAUUGUAAGCUCAAAAUAUGUGAUUUCGGUCUUGCAAGGGUAGCUAUAAGUGAUACUCCAACCGCAAUAUUUUGGACGGAUUAUAUCGCAACAAGGUGGUACCGAGCACCUGAACUAUGUGGAUCUUUUUUCUCCAAGUACACACCAGCAAUAGAUAUAUGGAGUAUUGGAUGUAUAUUUGCGGAACUUCUAACUGGCAAACCUCUUUUUCCUGGGAAAAAUGUGGUGCAUCAACUUGAUAUAAUCACAGAUCUCCUGGGAACGCCUGCUCCAGAAACAAUUGCUAGGAUUCGAAAUGAGAAGGCCAGGCGCUACUUGAGCAGUAUGAGGCGGAAAAAGCCUGUACCGUUCACGCAUAAGUUUCCAAAUGCAGAUCCACUUGCAUUAAAUUUGUUAGAGAGAAUGCUAGCAUUUGAUCCAAAAGACAGGCCAAGUGCUGAAGAGGCUCUUGCUGAUCUUUAUUUCAAGAACAUUGCGAGUGUGGAUAGGGAGCCUUCUGCACAGCCCAUUACUAAGCUUGAGUUCGAGUUUGAGAGACGAAGAAUUACGAAGGACGACAUAAGGGAACUCAUAUACAGAGAAAUUCUGGAAUAUCAUCCAAACAUGCUGAGGGAAUUCCUUGAGGGGGCUGAGCCAACUAAUUUCAUGUACCCAAGUGCAGUAGAUCAUUUCAAAAAGCAAUUCACAUUCCUUGAAGAGCAUUAUGCAAAGGGAUCAACAGCAGCACCGCCUGAGAGGCAACAUAAUUCAUUACCAAGGCCGAGUGUUAUCUAUUCGGAUAACCGGCCACAGUGUUCAGAUAGCCGACCACAGGGUGCUGCCAACAUUACGGAUGAUCUUUCCAGGUGUAUAAUCAGAGAUAAUGCACAAAAGCCACGCAGAGAUCCUGCUUCAGUUGGUGCAAACAGAGUUCCUCAAGGUAAGCACCUGGGUGCUGCCGUUGCAAGGCCUGGUAAAGUGGUUGGUUCGGCACUUCGUUAUGGUAACUGUUCAACAUCUGGUACUGAGCAAUAUGAACAGCGAAGGGUCGUCACAAGCCAAGGAAUUGUUCCAAACGGUGUUCCUUCGGGCAGCUCAUACCCUAGAAGAAAUAACACCUGCAAGAGCGAAACAGGUGAAGCUGAAAGGAUUGACGUGAGCCAAGCUGGGCCACCAAAGCCAUAUACCGGAAAUAAACUAGCUGCAACCGUGGAUGGCCGCAACGGGCACUGGUAG